GAGCGCGCCGUGCCCGCGGAGGGCGAGCGGGCGGCCGGGCGUGCGUGCGGGCUGCCAGCCGGCUGCAUGGCGCGCUGCGAGCGGCUGCGCGGCGCGGCCCUGCGCGACGUGCUAGGCCGGGCGCAGGGGGUCCUGUUUGACUGCGACGGGGUGCUGUGGAACGGCGAGUGCGUCGUACCGGGCGCCCCCGAGCUGGUGGAACGGUUGGGGCGGGCCGGCAAGGCGACGCUGUUUGUAAGCAACAACAGCCGGCGCGCGCGGCCUGAGCUGGCCCAGCGGUUCGCGCGUCUCGGCUUCGGGGGGCUGCGAGCCGAGCAGCUCUUCAGCUCGGCACUGUGCGCCGCGCACCUGCUGCGCCAGCGCCUGCCGGGCCCGCCGGAAGCCUCGGGCACAGUAUUUGUGCUGGGCGGCGAGGGGCUACGCGCCGAGCUGCGCGCCGCGGGGCUGCGUGUAGCAGGGGACCCUGGCCAUGACCUGGCCUCGGAGGAUCCCGCGGCCACGCGUGUGCGCGCCGUGCUCGUGGGCUACGACGAGCACUUCUCCUUCGCCAAGCUGAGCCAGGCGUGCGCGCACCUGCGCGACCCCGACUGCUUGCUCGUGGCUACUGAUCGCGACCCUUGGCACCCUCUCAGCGAUGGCAGCCGGACCCCUGGCACUGGCAGCCUGGCCGCCGCAGUGGAGACCGCCUCCGGACGCCAGGCUGUGGUGGUGGGCAAGCCCAGCCCCUACAUGUUCGAAUGCAUCACAGAGCACUUUCGCGUGGACCCUGCCCGCACCCUCAUGGUGGGCGACCGCCUGGAGACCGACAUCCUCUUUGGCCACUGCUGCGGGAUGACCACCGUGCUCACACUCACUGGUGUUUCCCGCCUGGAGGAGGCCCAGGCGUACUUGGCGACUGGCCAGCACAACCUGGUGCCCCAUUACUACGUGGAGAGCAUCGCAGACUUGAUAGAAGGCCUGGGAGACUGAGGCCCCUUCCCGCCCCCACUCCCUGGCCUGCUUUUGAUCCUGGUGGAGCUGGAACCCCGAGCUGGGGUGGGGGGAGGCUUGGGGACUGGUGUGCCUCACUCCCCCUUUCCCAGAAGGGACCGGGCACUCUGUGAUGUCCCAGACCCUGUUGGUGGUCUGGCCCAGGCAGAUGGGCUUACUUCUGGCCCUUUCUGGAAGUCGGGUCCCUGAGGCCAGCUGGAGAGGCCCCUCCCCACCUGGAACCUUCCCUUCCCUGGGGCUGCUGCUGCCCUGCCUGCCCGUCUCUCCCACCCUGCCCUGACCGAGCAGUGGCUUCCCAUUGUGGUAGCCUGUGGACCAAUCUGAGGCCAAGGCACAGCAGCUCUCUGAAGCCAGGUCCUAAGUGGAUCAGUUAGGAGCCUGAGGACACUACCCUGACCUGUCCCAGGCACUGGAGUGGACUCCCUGGCCCACCUUGCGCCCCUCAGACCCAGAAUAGAAUAAUCCAGAGGUCUGUGACUCUUGACAAUCUGCAUCUGCCCAGAGAUCUGGACUGCAGGUUGGGGGUGCCAAGGUUGGAAGACAACCCUUCACCACAGGCCAAGCAACUCUGAGGCCCCAUCCUUCCCCAGUUGUGGCACCAUCCAGUGUGGAUGGAGGCCAUAGCUCAGAAGGGGGGCCUCUGUGUGUCUCCCUCUUGUGGUCAGUGUUGGCUGUGCCACUUCUCUGUGCCAACUCCCAACUGUUUAUUUAUUAUUGUGUGCCAGUGAGGGUGGGGGCAGGGCCUUCAUGCCACCCCCACUUCUGUUGUAACCUGUCCUCCCGUACUGAAUAAAGUACGAGCGGAAGUGU